AUGGAAAUACUCAACAACAAUACCAACGUUAACAUUAUUACUAGCAAUGCCACAAACGAUUAUAUAUCAAUGCCGAGGCUAAGGUCGAUGAUUUCCGAAGAUUCAGUUUAUUACUAUUCAUUAUAUGUAGCAUAUUUAUCACAUUUAAUAACACCAGGAGUUAAUAAAUCACCACCUUCACCAAUAUUACCACCAUUAUUAUCACCUCAAACUCCUCCAAUUCCACUCACUUCACCUGUAACUUCUCUUGUUGAUGACAAGUCUGUUAAGAGAAAGUCUUCAAAUGGAAGUUUUAUUUCUAAUAUAUUUACUAAAGAUGAUAAAAAAAAACUUCCAAAAGGGUUGAUUAAAGAGUUAGAAAAACAAUUAAAAUUAAUAAUUAACGAAAAAGAUCCAAAUCCGAUUUUUAAAAAUACUUUGCUAAAAAGUACUUUGUUGAUUUUUUAUCAAUUAAUAAUACAACCAGACUUUAAACAACAAUUGAAACUUGCCGGUGGCAGUAAAAUUGAAGCUAUUAUUGUAAUAUUUCUCAAAAGUGCUCAAAAGGAGUUGAAAAAUGCUAAAUUGCCGCCAAAUAAAACUUGGCAAACUGAACUUACAGAACAAGUUAGCGUAUUUGUAGGUAUAUUAUCGGAAUGCUUAAAGAAUUCUCCUGGACAAUUUCAACCUUCUCUAUUAAAUACAUUAGCUAUUACACGAAGCAAAUCAAUUAUUAAUAGAGUAGAUGAUGUUAUUGAUGAUAUGGAACUUGUAAAAGUUGUACAAGCUGUUUUUAACAUUCCUGAAAAUAGAUUAAACGAAGAUAUUAAAAGAAUUAAAAGUUUUUGUACUGAACAAGCAGCAGUAGAAGAUUUAAAAUUAUUAUUAAACAAUGUGAAUAGAAACGAAGGUUUCCCAGCAUGCAAAGACGACUUUGAAACCAUAGAAGGAUAUAAUGCUUGGAAAUCAAUAGAAUCAAAAACUAUUUUAGAUAUUAUGGCCACAAUGUUUAAAUUUAAUCCAAAUUUGGCACCAAAGCCUUCUUCAAAUGAAGUUUUAUCUACAUUGUUGACAUCACCAUCAACAAAGAGAGUUUCUACAGGCUCACCCUUAACAUCACCGAUAUCACCAACAUCAAUUACAAAUAGAUUUACCUACCCUGGAGGUAGUCAUGUUCAUCCUGAUGUUAAUAGUAAAAGCUCUAAUUACUUUGAUCAUAUUCACAAUCCAAAUUCUUCCCUGGCACCAAGUCGAAAUUCAGAAUCACAACAUUUACACCCAAAUUAUCAUCGGAUACCAUCGAACGAGAUUAAUGACAAGUCAGAGUCAUUUACAUUUAUUCCACCAACUCCUCGACUAUAUUAUAAAUUCUUGAUGAAUAGGUGUAUAGACUAUGAAAUCACACGUCGAUCAGAACAAGAAAAUAACAGUGGCAUUAAUAUUGUUAUUGGCGAUAGAAAUCCUACUAAAUCUCAUAGGAUUUUGUCAAAAAGCACCUUGGAUCUUUUAAACCAGUGUGCGCUUCGCUGGAGAGUUUCUCCUGGAUUCAAAUGGUUACAAUAUCUUAAUUUUGUUAGAACACGUUUUGACUUUGGUGAUCCUUUCAUAUCACUUGAGCAUAUUAAAGAAGGUUUUUAUUUGCUGAGAGAAAUUAUUAGGACACGUGAAAUUUCUACUUGGACAAUUUCUGAUAAAAGAGAACUUUUGGAAAUAUUUUCGGGAAUACAUGACUCAUUGCUUAAAUGGUUGAAAAAUGCAUUAGAUUCUUUGUAUGAGAUCGAGACUUCAGAAUUUGAACCAGCGUUCUUUUUAUUGAAUAAUAUUUAUGAUACAGAUUUAUUCCGAGUUAAUUAUCCUGACGUUUCACCAUUCUAUCACGACCUACGAGAACGCAUCAAGAAAGUUGCUUUUGAUGCAUAUCAACAAAAGAAGGGUGAAAUUUUUAAUAACGAUCAACAACAACAAGGUAUAAACGCAGUACAAAAAUAUAUUAUUUUAAUAAAAUGGAUUAAAGCGCAAGUCUCUCAUCUCCACGAAAAAUAUCCCGAGCCAUUAAUGAGACAAUUGGACGUUGUCAGAUUAGUCUUUGAACGACAAGUUUUGCUCCUUGCAUAUGAUAUGAAUAAUUCAAAAGUUUCUAUUAUGAAUAGUGUGAAAUUUGCAAAGAGGGAAAGAGAUGAAAAUAAUAAAGUUGGUACUAAAGAAGAAGGGGAUAUGGUGGUGGUGACGAUGGGAGAAGAAAUGAAUGAGGUGGUUGAUCGUAAUGGAAAUGGAAGUAUUUACAUCGCUGAAAUCUUUGAUCUUUAUAGAGAAAUUCUUUUAUUUAAGAAAUUACAUGAAGAUUUUUUUAUUGGAUCAAUGUUUCAAUUUGGAAUCGAGGGUUGGUUUGAACCUUACAUUAAUAAGUGGUUGGAUGCUACAAAUGACAAGACACGUGAUUGGAUUGAUUCUGUUAUUCGUAAUGAUGUGUUUAAACCAGUCAGUCCAACAGAUUAUCAUUCAUCAUCUGUAGUGGAUUUAUUUACUUUAUUUAAUCAAUCAAUUGAUUCUCUGAAAAAUUUAAAUUGGCCUAAUCAACAUCAAUUUGCUAAAUUCAUGACUUGUUUGUCCAAGACUGUUUGUAAAGCACUAGAACAAUAUUGUGGAGAGAUUGAUAGACUUUAUAAAGAUGAUUUAUCAAUCGUAGAAAAUCCGGAAAAACUAGCUACCAAACAAUCAGCCUGGUAUGUUAGUGCGAAGACUGCAAUUGCUAGCAAAAAAGUCUUGCCCUUUGAUAUUAAACCAAAGUUAUGCAUUAAACUGAAUAAUCUUGAGGCAGCAUAUACACAACUUGACUCGUUGUAUAAUUCAAUGGACGUUGAUCAUAUUGCAGAAAUUCUCAAUAAUUCGAUACACUCAAAAACAUCGGAAAAAGAAAAAAGUUACUUGUACACAUUAAAAAUAGUAAGGGCAGAAAAUUUGGUGGCACUAGAUAACAACGGAUUGAGUGAUACGUAUUGUAUAAUUAAUGAUGAGAACAAUGUUGUUUUGGCACAUACUCGAGUCAUUUAUGAAACAUUGAAUCCUCGGUGGGAUGAAGCGUUUGAUAUUUCGAUUAAUUCUGAUUCAAUUGAACAAAAAACGUUUAUGAUAACCGUCUGGGAUCAGGAUCAAGUUAGUUCGGAUGCCGAGUGUGGAAAAGCCUAUUUUAAGCUUGAUAUAGAUUCCUAUGAUGAUUUUUUGGCGCAUGAUUUGUGGCUUGACUUGAAACCUCAGGGGCGUGUGCUUGUGCGAAUCAGUAUGGAAGGUGAAAAAGAUGAUAUCCAAUUUUAUUUUGGAAAAGCCUUCAGAUCAUUAAAACGAGCUCGUGAUGAUAUGAUCAGAACUACUAUUUCACCAUAUUUAAGACAAUGUUUAUCACGAGAAGUCGUCAAGAGUUUGUUGAGGCCUUCCAGCACAACAGCCACUUCACUUAAACAAAUAUUCAAGGAGACAGCAGCUGGCAAAGAUACUCUUAAAAGUAAAAAGUCAGAUCUUGAAAUCGAAUCUGGAAUUCAUCCGUUAUUUGAUUAUUUUGAUAAAAAUUUAAAUACGCUUAUCAACUCGUUAAAUACAGAAGUUUUCAAUAUGGUUAUGACAAAAGUGUGGAAAGAAAUAGAGACGAUUAUUGAAGAAAUUCUGACACCACCGUUGUCAGAUCGACCUUCUAAUUUAAAAUUACUUGAUAUUGAUGAAUUAGACAUCGUAUAUAAAUGGCUCAAGUUUUUGGAGGAUUAUCUACUUGCCAAUGGAAAUGGUAUACCAAAAGAAAUAAUAUAUAAUCAAAAGUAUCAACAAAUUAUGAAAAUACAACAAUAUUAUAUGAUGGAUAAAGAAUCACUGAAACAAGAGUAUCUUCACAUAGAAAUUGGUGGUUCAUUAAGUCCUCGUAGGAAUGGUAAUAAAGGUAGCGGUAAUGUUAAAAAGAAAAAGGAUAGCGUGAGUAAAUCAGUAGUUCACCAACGAAGUAUCGACACAAUUGAACAACGUAAAUCUGAAAAACGUAGAUUUCAUCUUCAAAAAGAUGACGGAGAGAUUAUUCUUCGAAUUUUGAGAAUGCAUUCUG